GCUCCUUGAUUUGUGGUGUUCCCAACAAUCUUUUCCUAUGUAUUUGUAAAAUUUCCAUUUUCGAACAGCACACAUACGAAAGGGUCUUCAUGUCAGGAAUACGACCUGGCUACGCGUCGUAACCUAGGAUUUCUCCCCCAACUUGUCAUCACUCACCAGUUCCCCACCGGUCGGCAAAACUCUAUUGGGGAACCGGCGAAUAUGAAGGCAGGGAAGAAGAAGGUUUUAGGAGCUCAGGUAUCACCGGGUGCCACUAGCAUCGAUGCAAAUGAAGAUCGAGAUGUGAAAGGAAGGCUUUCUACCUGCGUUCCUAAUACUUGGGUUGCUAAUGAUGAAGGAGGAGGAGGAGGAGGAGGAGGGGGAGCCGUGAUGGCGGUGGAAGAAGGGAAGGGAAAGACGCCGCCGCCAGUGGAGGCGGAGGAGCUAGUGGCAAUGGUGGCGCAGGAGGAUAUUAGACCUAUGGUAAUGGAUGGAGAGGCUUUGGAGCCUCGGGAUUUCAGCCAGAAUGGCGAUCAUGACGUCGACGAUGACGACGACGACGACUACGACGACUACGAGAGGUCAAAUCAGCUCCAAAAUCCGUACAUAGAUGAUGGGGGCGAUGGAGAGGCAGAGCGCUCCAAGCAGCUCGACGAGGGCUUCUACGAAAUUGAAGCCGUCCGUCGCAAGAGGGUUCGCAAGGGUCAACUUCAAUAUCUCAUAAAAUGGCGGGGCUGGCCAGAGACUGCCAACACCUGGGAACCCUUGGAAAAUUUGCUGUCAUGUUCAGAUGUUAUCGAUGCUUUUGAAGAGAGCAUGAGGUCUGGAAAACAUCGGAAGCGCAAACGCAAGAGUGGAGGUCCUCAUACCCAACUCAAGAAGAAGCUGCAGCAUUCCACCCAUGCUAUUACUAAUCGUUUAACAGCUUCGAAGAUCAGGCUUAUUAAUGAACCUGUAUCCUCUUCUCCACUUGGCAACCCGAAUCUUGCAGAUCUUCCUGUUGCUCCUGAAUGUACUAGGCCAUUUGUUCAUGAUGGGGAGAAACAUGAGGGUGAUGUCAACACCGUUGAAACAGCCAGGCAAGCUAAUGAGAAUGAUUCUGCAAAUUUUGAAGAAAAAAAGGAGGAAAAUGAGUUGGACACCAAGCUGAUUGAAUUUAAAGGAGUGAUUUCUACUGAUGAGGUGGAUGUGGAUAAGUUUGCAAUAGAUAGUGAUGUGGUGGAAACCGUUCAAGCUCAUCGUUGCAUAGGGCAAAAGAGAAUUCGAUCUGGUUCUGUUAAGAGGUUUAAACAGGAUUCAGUUUCUUGUGCACCAAAUGAUUCAGCAGCCAAAGUCACUGUUGGUUCUUGUGGUAUAGUUGAACAACUGGGGAUACAAAAUCCUGAUUUUGUGGGUCAUGAUUCAGCUUACAAGGAUAAGUUUGAUGUUUCCAAAAAUGCAUUUGCUAUCUCUGAGAUCAUUAAGCCUAUAAGCUAUUCAGCUUCUGUAUCAAACAACAUUCAGGAUGUGUCAGUAACCUUCAUGGCCAUGAGGUCCGAUGGAAAGGAAGUGAUGGUAGACAAUAAGUUUCUCAAGGCGAACAAUCCUCUUUUGUUAAUUAACUUCUAUGAGCAACAUCUCCGGUACAGCCCUACAUCCUGAGAAGAGACAUAUUUGUGGAUAAGAGUGUGUAGGUGGACCUGAAUCAUUAUCUUUUUGUUUAUACAGUGUAAAUUUGUAGCUGCUGCAGGCAAUAGGACAGGACAGUCCAUCAUAACUUCUUUUAGGUAGGUGAUAAAUGGUGCAAAGCUGAUACAUAGCUGCUGCUCUGUCAUUUUUGUUUCAUCGAGUACCUAAUUUUACUUCUCUACCUACCCUUAAAUUAGUUUUAGUAAUUAUGGCUCCCUUGAAGAAAUCUUCUUUACAUACUUUGAUAGACUCUACCUUUAUAUGCUAGUAUUAAUGCAGGGUAUGUUAUGGAAUUAUUAUUAU